CACUGUUGACAAUUGACAGCGUGUGAUGAAAAUUAAAAUUACGAAAAAUGUUCAGUUGUUGCUCAUAAGUUUCUAAUACAAAUUACUGAAACUUAUCCGAUUGAUUCAAAAGUUAUUUUCCAUUCUUCUGAAAUUUCCAUUUGUUACGGAAUACUCAUGCCGCGCGAUCGCAUCAGCCCAGACCGAUCCCGGAUUCGCGUUGGACUCAAAAGGCCAUCCGAAGCACCACGCCAUCGCAACCAUUCGCCAAUUCUAGCGCCACCCAGACAACGUAUUCGUAGAUCGGAAGUGGUUCCCAUUCGUCGGCCACCCCGAUCACCUUCGCCCUCCGCACCUAGAAGAAACGCCGACAAAUUCUCCAAAUGGUUCUGCUUGGGAGUGUUCGGAAUGAACUAUCGAACCACCGAAAAUGACCUCCGACGGAUCUUCUGCGAAUACGGCCCCAUCGAGUGUAUCCGGGUAGUGUGCGAUCCGGUGACGCGUGAAUCGCGCGGCUUUGGGUUCGUCUACUUCCGGAACCGGCGGGACGCACUCAGCGCAAGAUCGCACUGCGAUGGUCUGAAGUUUGACGGGCGACGUCUUCGGGUGGACUUUUCCACGACGGAUCGGCCUCACUCGCCGACGCCGGGAUUGUACAUGGGCUCGGAUAGGAUUAAAAUUGAGCGACGAAGAGAUUCCAGAACGCCGAGACAAGAAAGGAGGAGCUCAUUAGAAUGCGACUUAUUUCGUUUACGGAGAGUUCAACGAAGGUCUCCAUCGCCGAUGGUUCCAUUUGUUCAUCCACGAUUUCGACCACUCGGAUCCAGUUCGGGAACAUCUGACUGUUAAUCUUAUAGUAGGACAAUUGGUUACUACAUAUUCAUUAUUCAUAAGUAGGGAUUUUGCUGUUUCGUUAUAUUGCCAACUGCAUAUUCAAAAUACCAUACUGAAUUAAGAUUAUUUUGAAUUGAUAAUAAAAUUGAAAUUACUGUUACUAA